GGCUCGUGGCCGCACGUUGGGAGUCUGGGUUUUCUGACGGUCGGUACGCUCGGAUUCCGGCCGGCGGCGGCGGCGGCGGCGGCAUGACUGUUUCAGGGGCCCAGCGGCGGGCGGCGGCGGCCCCCGCGGCGGCCGAGGAGGAGGAGCGGCAGGCGCGGGAACGGAUGCUGGGCGCGCAGCGUGCGGUUGGAGCGCAGGGCGGGGAAGGCUCGGAGGGCGUGACCCUGCAGCGCAGCAUCACGCUGCUCAACGGCGUGGCCAUCAUCGUGGGUACCAUCAUCGGCUCGGGCAUCUUCGUGACGCCCACGGGUGUGCUCAAAGAGGCGGGCUCGCCGGGGCUGGCGCUGGUGGUGUGGGCCGUGUGCGGCGUCUUCUCCAUCGUGGGCGCGCUCUGCUACGCGGAGCUGGGCACCACCAUCUCCAAGUCGGGCGGCGACUACGCCUACAUGCUCGAGGUCUACGGCUCGCUGCCCGCCUUCCUCAAGCUCUGGAUCGAGCUGCUCAUCAUCCGGCCCUCCUCGCAGUACAUCGUGGCCCUCGUCUUCGCCACCUACCUGCUCAAGCCGCUCUUCCCCACUUGCCCUGUGCCCGAGGAGGCCGCCAAACUCGUGGCCUGUCUCUGCGUGCUGCUGCUCACGGCCGUGAACUGCUACAGCGUGAAGGCCGCCACGCGGGUCCAGGACGCCUUUGCUGCCGCCAAGCUCCUGGCGCUGGCCUUGAUCAUCCUGCUCGGCUUCAUCCAGAUCGGAAAGGGUGAUGUGCCCAAUCUGGAUCCCAAGUCCUCAUUUGAAGGCACCGAGGUGGACGUGGGGAACAUAGUGUUGGCAUUGUACAGUGGCCUCUUUGCCUACGGGGGAUGGAAUUACUUGAACUUUGUCACCGAAGAGAUGAUCAACCCCUACAGGAACCUGCCCCUGGCCAUCAUCAUCUCGAUGCCCAUCGUUACGCUGGUGUAUGUGCUCACGAACCUGGCCUACUUCACCACGCUGUCCACCGAGCAGAUGCUGGCGUCGGAGGCCGUGGCCGUGGACUUUGGGACGCGUCACCUGGGCGUCAUGUCCUGGAUCAUCCCUGUCUUCGUGGGCCUCUCCUGCUUCGGCUCUGUCAACGGGUCCCUCUUCACGUCCUCCAGGCUGUUCUUUGUUGGGGCCAGGGAGGGCCACCUGCCCUCCAUCCUCUCCAUGAUCCACCCGCAGCUCCUGACACCCAUGCCCUCCCUGGUGUUCACGUGCGUCAUGACCCUGCUUUACGCCUUCUCGAGGGACGUGUUCUCCGUCAUCAACUUCUUCAGCUUCUUCAACUGGCUGUGCGUGGCCCUGGCCAUCAUCGGGAUGCUGUGGCUGCGCUACAGGGAGCCCGAGCUGCCACGGCCCAUCAAGGUGAACCUGGCCCUCCCGGUGUUGUUCGUGCUGGCCUGCCUGUUCCUGAUCGCCGUCUCCUUCUGGAAGACCCCCAUCGAGUGUGGCAUCGGCUUCGCCAUAAUCCUCAGUGGCCUGCCGGUCUACUUCUCAGGGGUCUGCUGGAAAAACAAGCCCAAGUGGCUCCUCCAGGGCAUCUUUUCCACGACCGUCCUUUGCCAGAAGCUCAUGAAGGUCGUCCCCCAGGAGACAUAAGCAAGACUUGCCGGGAAGCUGCCAGAAAGAAAGUUCACAAAGGUCAUGUGGAAACAACUCAGCCCCUCAAAAGCGACUCCAGGCCCCACCUCCAGGCAACUCAGCUGGGUGCCCUGCACUGUCCCGCGCCAGGCCAGGCUCCAGGGCCACUGUGAAAACUGGUACGAGUUUAAACCGAAGUUGCGCUCCCAUCAAUACCUCCUCGUGUUGAGCUGAGAAGCAGCCGGGACUGACUCACCGUGGACUUCUGCCACUCGGGGCCCUUCCCUUCCCACCUUUGUUUAUUUGUAUUAUUUCUGCAACUUAAAUUUUGGAUCAGGUUGAUGCCACCAAGAUGACUCUUUUAGAGAGAUGGACAGGGGGAAGGUGGGAGAAGAGUUUUCCUGUGCCGCCCGCCCCCCAUUGCAUAAUAUGGCCCAGAGGGGCAGGUCCUGUCCCCAGGCAGGACCCCAGGGGCCAGCAGUGUCCCGGCAGCAGGGAUCCUGAGAGCCGGCAGGGCCACGCUGCACAGGCCACAGGCUGGCACGGACAGUGCACCUGUGCUCGGUUGUCAUGGACGUAGUGUGUCUGUACAUGCUUGGUAGCAAAAACUAACACCAGGGCUUACGUCCCUGCCUUAAAGACCCAGGGUAGAUCCCUCCCCGACCUCCAGAAGAGAGAAAGCUCAACACAACAGCCACCUUCAGAGAAGUUUAUAGAACAAAAUGACGCAGGCCCCAGCUCAGCAGAGGGCCCUGGUUCUGGCAUCUGCGCAUGGGGGCCUCUGAGCAGCUCGCCCAGUGGGACCAAGCUCUGCGUGCACUGCCCGGGACGUAGAACAGGCCUGCGUCACUCAGCAUGCCCUUGUGCUCCCAACUGUGUACUUCCUGCCCUGGGGCAGAUCACAGCCACAGGAGGACCUGGACGUCUCCCCUGGGCAGGCGGGUGGGCUGGGGACAGCGCACCAGGCCUGGCCUGUGUCUGAUGCUGCCCUCGGCCUCCUCUGCAUCCGGUUCUGAAGCCGAGGUCUAGUGUUUUCAGAUAAAGCCCCAUGCUUAAAAUCUGGAAAUAGACAAGAAAAGCAGAUGCACCUCCCCUGAUGGGUUCCCUGCCGGGAAGUGGAGCCAAGCCCUCCCAGCGCGCUGGCUUUGCACCUGCCGCGGGGGCUGCCCUGGCUCUCAGGAUCUGGCUCCCCCAACGGAUCUGUCCAGAGAGGCUGCACAAGCAGGCUUUGUUUUCGUGGCUCCAUGGCAUUUUCCCCAGGGAGGCAGCUGCAGGCCAGCCAGUGCGUCCUAAUCGCCGAGCCCCCGAGCCAGCCUGGGGAGCAGCGCCAUGGAAGGCCAGCCUGCCUCCCUCCGGGCCAUUCCAGGCGCCUGCAGCUCCCGCUGCUGGCCCUUCCCUCUGGGAGGUGGAGCCGAGUCUAGGAGCAGACCUCGUGAGAGGCCCAAUGUAGGCUCCCUGGAGCCUAGAGUGCAAACGUCCAGUCCAGCCUGCUGCUACCCAGCUGGGCCCCCACGUAGGUCCAGCAGGACAGAGACCUGACAGGCAGCUUGGAUGCCUGAGCUGGGCACGGAGCUGAAGAGCAGUUGGCUGGACAUUCGUCUCACCUGCUGUGCCCUGGGACUAUGCCACCUGCAGCUCGUGAUGCAUAAGGACUGACCUCCAUGGACAUCUCUUGUGAGCCCAGUGUCUCUGGGGCUGUGGUCCUCUCACCUAGGGGUCCAGCCCGACACCUGAAGGCAGAAAGCCACCAGAGGACCUGGUUCUCCGCGUCGGGCAGAACCCCUGCCCCGGGCUCCAGUUCUCUCAUCCACAAGCAGGGCAGUAGUUGGCGUGUCCCUGCACGGUUCUGUGUGCACCUCCAGAGACUGGGCAGGUGGCCACUGCCGCCCACCUGCCUGUCCACAGACGUCCAGCAGCAUCUGAGCGGGACGCCACCCCUCCGCAAGGCCUGCGCGUGGGCUACCAUCUUGGGUCAGACUGUCAGUUUGGGGAGAGUGGAUACGGCCCUGGGGAUGUGGGGAGCCGUGUGGCCUGUUGUGGCAGCCUGCAGACCGGCGCCUUGGGGCCCCACAGUGGGCCGUAGGGUCCCUGGGCUCUGUUCCCACAGCCUGGCGAACAGACUUAGCUCUUUAUGACCACUAUACUGACCAGUGCCCUGAGCGUUGGCAUCCAUGAGGUUUAAUCUCUUCAAACCAAACCCUGGCACAGCAAGCCUCAGCCCCAUGGUUCCUCUGGUUGCUGUGUCCUGACGUCACUGAUCGGCACCUCAGUGAGUCAUUUGGAGGGUGGCCGGCCGCUCAUCCUUGCUGCACCGUGGCAUCCUGGCUGUCCUGCAUCGCCACUGUGUUCCGGCCAGGGCUCAACACCCCUGCGGCAGGAUGGCAUCUGUGGCCUCACUGUAUUCUGUUGUGGCUAACCCGUCACACUUGGUUAGUUUGGGGUGGGGAACUCUGUUUUUUUCGUGGGGGCUUCUCUGUUUUUAAAGAAACAUCAGAAUUAAAAGUACUGCUGGUGGC